AUGUCCUUCAACCUCAGCAAGCCUGACCGAAAGGUCCACGCCGGCGUCAUCCUCACCAAAGGGUAUUAUCCAACGAUCCCAAGAAGACGCAAAAUUCGAAGAGCUGACCAAGAGCACAGCGUCACCGAAAUGCUUGACAUAGCACCCUUCGAGUUCUUCGCCUGGCUGAACAAGGAUUCGCUCAAGCUGUUGAACUUUCCGCCCGCGAUGAUUGAGGAAGCCAUGGAGUUCGAGCUGCACUGGGUCACGGAAGACGGCAAGCCGGCAGCGUUGAAAAGCCGCGCUCAGAUCCAGCCGACUGACUCGUUCGACUCGUGCCCCCCGCUUGACAUCGUGCUCAUGGGCGCUCAUGAUGUGCAAUACAAGAUGAGCGAUGCCGAGAAGGCCUUCAUCCGUAAAGCAUACGACCAGUGCUCCGCAUUCCUGGCCAUCUGCGCCGGCACCUUCUCGCUGCUGGAAUCCGGGCUGCUCGAGGGGAAGACGGUGUGUCCACCCCGGAUGUUCCUGGGCGUGAUGAGGAAGCAGGCGCCGCACGUCAACUGGGUCGACAAGCGGUGGGUGCGGGACGGCAAAGUGUGGAGCUCGAGCACGUUGUUGAACGGGACGGACCUCAUCCGAGGCUUCGCUGAGGAGACGUGGGGAGGGAGGAGCGGGAUGGUCGAGUCGCUGCUGGACGCCUCUCACUUCCCGGCGAGAGACGUUGACUUCAAGGAUUUCCAUGGCAGGCAUUUCGAGGUGGACAGCUUCGAGUAG